GGUGCCGAGGAAGCAGCAUCAUGGCGGCGUCCGCUGGUAGCGUGCAGUGUGCCUUAAGGAGAGCGAUGGCCCCGUCGUUAGUGGUGAUUUUGGGAGCUACCGGCACCGGAAAGUCCAAGCUGGCGAUCGAGAUCGGAAGGCGGCUUCGGGGAGAAAUCAUCAGCGCCGACUCCAUGCAGGUGUACCAGGGCCUCGACAUCAUCACCAAUAAGGUGACAGCUGAGGAGCGCGCCCAGUGCAGACAUCACAUGAUCAGCUUUGUGGACCCGUUGGUUAGCAGCUACACGGUGGUGGACUUCAGGAACAAAGCCCUGGCUCUAAUAGAUGACAUGCACAGCAGGAACAGACUGCCAGUCGUUGUAGGAGGAACAAACUAUUACAUUGAGUCUCUGCUGUGGAGAGUCCUGCUGGAUACAGGACAGGAGAACGAGGAGCCAGGGGACGGAGGAGAAGGAGCUCCAAACAGGAAGCUGAAGCUGGAGAAACUGGGAGGAGCCGAGUUACAUAAACGACUGGCAGAGGUGGACCCCAAAAUGGCUGCCAUGUUGCACCCAAAUGACAAACGCAAGAUAGCCAGGAGUCUUCAAAUCCACGAGGAGACCGGCGUCUCCCAUAGCCGCUGGCUGGAGGAGCAAAGGGAGCAGGAGGGAGGCGAUGGGCUGGGGGGGCCGCUGAGAUACCCAGACCCCUGCAUCUUCUGGCUGCACGCUGAAAUGGACGCUCUAGACAAGCGGUUGGAUGCUCGUGUAGAUGAGAUGUUGUCUGCCGGACUCAUAGAAGAGCUCAGAGACUUCCAUGUUCGCUACAAUCUGCAGAAAGUCCAGGAUGACAGUCAGAACUAUCAACAGGGGAUUUUCCAGUCGAUCGGUUUUAAGGAGUUUCAUGACUACCUGACGGCUCCUGAAAGCAGCACUCAGCAGGAGAAGGACACGCUCCGAGACAAAGGUGUAGAAGCUUUGAAGAUUGCCACGAGGCGUUACGCCCGCAAACAGAAUAAAUGGGUCCGUAACCGCUUCCUUAAACGACCAGGAGACAACGUGCCAGUGGUGUAUGGCCUGGAUGUGACGGACGUGUCGAGGUGGGAGGAGACGGUGCUGAACCCUGCACUGCAGAUACUGGACAGUCUCAGCAAGGGUGAGGAGCCAGCUAUUCAGCCAAUCAGAGUGCAGGAGGCGGAGCAGAGAAACAAACGGAGCCACCACACAUGUGAUCUGUGUGACAAAGUGAUCAUCGGUGACCUGGAGUGGACAGCUCACCUGAGGUCCAAAAAGCAUCACUAUCACGUUAGGAAGAAGAGAAAGUUGGAUCCAGCCGGUGACCAAGCCCAGGUCCCCCCUGCACCUCUUGCCUCUGCUGCAGAGAUUGUGGAAAGCAUCUCAGAGGACCCUUGUGCUACUGUUGCCCCGGGCUGCACUGAAACCUCACAGGAGUCUUCCCAAGACACCAGGGCAACAGACAAGGAAGCACCUGUGACAGUUUAAGACUCUAGACUACAUCUUCAUUCAGGUUUCCACCAACUUCACCUUUCCUUACAGACCUUAUAGGGCUUCCUUCUUGGUUCCCAUAGAGUUGAACUGAGCUGUAUUGUCUCUUUAAUCCUGCUGCUCAAUCUUCUUAUUUGUCAGAAUAUUAGAAUGGGAUGACCAACCUUCUUAGCCCUGUAUAUACAGGAAUUAACAACAAUGAAUGUGAAUAGCAAAGAACAUAUUUGAAAUACCGCAACAUAUUUUUUUAGUUGCUCAUGAGCUUCCGAGUGUGGAUCCUUGAAGCGGUUUAUUUUUUGUAGUGGAGGUGUUGACAGUCAGGACAAUUCCACAUUCUGGACCCAAAAGAAGUGUGCAGCCAAAGAACUGUAAUUUUCAAGGACUCUUUUUUUUAUUUUUAUUUUUUAUUUUUUUCACCGCCUAUUAAAGGAAAAAGGUUUUGUUUUUUUUAUUAUUUUAUUAAAUCUUCCAUUUUCAAAUGUGUUUUGAAACACCAUGCACUUUUAACUUUAUCCGCUUGGUUUUAAAGAUGUUGAAUAAACCAAAGGAUGUCAAA